AUGACGGCCCAGCAAAGCGAGCUCAAUGGCGCGGCAAAAGCCCCUGGGGACUUUCCCCACCUCCAAGAUGUCCUUGGCCAGAUGGCCUUUUUGAAGACAUACGUCGUUAUUUCUUACGGCCUCAGAAACCGAGGUAGCACUGAAGAGACCAGAAAGACACUAGAGAACGCUGCUGAAAAGCUCAUUGAGGCUUUCCCUUGGGUUGCAGGCCAUGUCAUAUACCAAGACAGCGGUCCGGGGAAGACAGGCCUCGCUGCCAUCGUGCCCUACCCCCCUGGAGAGAGGUCAACCCCAGUCAUCAUAAAGGACAUCAGCAAUACCUCAGCUUCUCUCGACGAAAUCGUAGAGGCAGGCGAACCAAUGCACAUGCUGGACGGCGAGAUCCUGGCUGAACGGAAAGGGCUGCCACACUCGUACGAUGAGAGCCAAGGGCCCGCUCCGGUGCUGGUUAUACAAGCCAACAUCGUCAAGGGAGGCAUCCUGCUUUGUUUCCAGGGGAACCAUCACGCCAUGGAUAUGAACGGCAUGGCUCACAUGAUGCGUCUCUUCUCCAAGGCGCUCCGCGGCGAGCCGUUCUCCGACGAAGACAUCAAGCACGGGAAUCGGGAGAGGCACAACGUGAUCAAGCUCCUGGGCCCUGACGACGACAAGACGGAUGUCAGCAAGCUCAUGGUCAAGCCUCCGCCGCCUGGAAAUCCCGAAUCGAGUGCAGCAGCGCCGGACGUACAAUGGGUCUACCUGCGCUUCGCCGGCCCCAAGCUGGCGGAGCUGAAAGCCGCAGCCGAGGCGCCAGAGCAGUGGAUCUCGACGGAUGAUGCCCUGUCCGCCUUUGCCUUCCAGAGGGUCACCGCUGCGCGUAUGAAGCGCAUGGAGAAGAAGCAGCCGCAUAUCUCAUUCUGUCGCGCGGUCAAUGGCCGACGGUAUCUCGAUCCACCGCUGCCCAAGGAGUACAUGGGCCACAUGGUUGUCUGCACCUUCACCGAUGUGCCGCUGGACUCGCCAAUCGCAACUAGCGACUUUGGAGCCCUGGCCCGCCAGAUCCGUGCCGACAUACUCGACAUCAAGUCCAACUAUAUCCAGUCGAUCGCAACAGCGCUGCAUGAGCUCGACGACAAGGGUGCCGUCUCCUACGGCGCGCCGCUGAACAUGGCUGGUUGGGAUCUCAUGCUCUCCAGCUUUGCUGGCCUCGGCCUGAACGAGAUCGACUUUGGCGAUGCACUGGGUGGCAAGCCGUUGUUCGCGAAACGUCCGCGGUUUGCGCCGAUCGAGGGCUUGCUCUACUUUAUGCCGAGGACUGCAAGUGGGGACGUUGACGUUGCUGCUUGUUUGCGAAGCGAUGAUCUCGAGACCUUGAGGAAUGAUGAGGAAUUCCUGAAGUACGGUAGUUACAUUGGCUAG